AUGCAGGCAGAAUACAGCAAGAACGCAAGUGCUAUGCUCCAGUCCAACGUGCCUUCCUGCAGAUCUCUGUCCUCCAACAUGGAGGGUCCCAGUGGUCAAUCCAGCCUCUCAACUGGGGUGCUGGCCCGCAGCCUAGAGGACAGUGUCAAGCACCGCAUCCUCUACCUGUCAGAGCAGCUGAGGGUGGAGAAGACCAGUCGGGACCAGAACACCAUGGGCUACCUGAAGCUUGUGUCCAAAGCUGACCGACAUCAGGCCCUGCACAUCCGACAGGCCUUCGAGAAGGUGAACCAGCGCACUUCUGCCGCCAUCGCCCAGACUGAACGAAGGCUCCGUCAGUGCCACCAGCAGCUGCAGGAGCUGGAGGCGGGGCACAGGCUCAAGGAGCCAGAACUGCAGGAGUGUGAGGCCCUGAGACGGGGCAAGAGCCAGAGCCUGGCAGCCAGCUGCCAUGAGGAUGCCAAGAACUGUCUCUUGGGCUCUGUGCAAGGGAAGCUUCCAGAGGCAAGACAUAGGGCCUACAAGCGAAACCUGAUCUUACACCAGACCAGGGAAGAGCUUAGGGACGUCAAGAAGCUCCACAGCAGCCUCCAGGCGGCCUGUCAGUACCUGAAGGAGCAGUACCUGAUGGACCUGCAGGCGUCACUGGAGUCCCUGCAGGAGGAGAGGAGCAGGCGAACAAUGAUGGAACAACAGGUAGAUGAUCACCUGCAGGGGCACCUGGAUGAGAUUUACCAUGUCAAGCACACCCUGGCUGCCACUGAAGAGAAAAUGGCCUACCUUUCCUAUGAGAGAGCCAAGGAAAUAUGGGAAUUCUUGGAAAUUUUCAAGAGCCGAAUAUCCAGGCUAGAAACCCUCGAGAAAGUCACCCAGCUAGAGUUGGCGGGGAACCUCAGAAGACGACCCAAGGAGUUUUUGUUCCGAUUCAUGAGCCUGAUCCUCACGCUGACCAGCAUCCUCUUGGUCCUGGUCUCCAGCAUCUGCGCAUGCCCCCUGUCACUGGUCAACUCACGCCUGCGCACAUGCACCAUCAUCAUCCUGUUUGGGAUGGGGGCCCUCGUGUGGCAAAAGCGACACACCAUCCCCACCACAGACUGGCAGGCAUGGAUCCCCUCCAGAUGGAGACUGGACUCCAAGGACUCCAAGUCCCCAUAA